UGCGUGCAGUCGGAGCAAGGAGCGGUCCUCUCUCUCUUCUCUCUCUCUCUCUCUCUCUCUCAGUCGGAGCAAGGAGCGGUCCUGUCUAUCUCUCUUGCUUACACGCGAGCAUUUCCUUUGAAACGAAACAAUUCUAAACCCUAAUUUAGCUGUACCAGCGAUGACUGACGCAGGCUCGAGCUCUUCGGCUCCAUCGAAGAACGAAAGGCCCAUAAUUGUUAGGGUUAAACGAAAAGCUCACCAGUCUCCACUUGAAGCCUUCUGGCUUGAAAUCAACGAGAGGCCAUUGAAGCGGCCGCUUAUAGACUUUCAGAAGCUCUCGAUUUCUGAUUCUCCUGCAAAAGUCAAGGAAUUGAAGACUAGAAAGGUCUUUGUGCAACAUGUUGAGACAGUAAGCAGCUCAGAGGUCACCAGUGAUGUUUUUCUAUCUUUUAGGCCUAAAUCUGCUGAUGGAUUUAGCAGUAAGGGCAAAAAUGGGGAACAAAGGUGCAUGUUUAAGAAUGAAAGUAAACAAGAUCAGUUGCUGGUUAAAGCCAAACAAAAGCAAGAGGUUCUAUCAAAAAAUGCUCGUUUUGAACAAAUAUGGAGGAGCAGAACAGGGAAAAGAGAAGCAGUGCAUGAUAGUGUUCUUCAUGAAAUGUGUCGUCUCUAUGAUGUUGUUCGUAUUGAUGCUGAGGAAAAAGCUGAUAAUGGACAACAACAGGAGUCUAGUGACUUGGAAGAUCACAGGAUUAUGUCUAGUUAUCUUCCAUUAUUAAGAGAAUUCAUCCCAAGUGCUGCUGCAGAAAUUGAGUCUAAUAUUCAUGAUUACCUGUCCGAUCGAGCAUCGAAUGAUUGCUAUGUCUAUGAUUUUUAUGCCAUGAAGGAUGACGUCAAAAUAACAGAAGAUGCUUCGAACUCAUUUUUUCCUUUGGUGCAGGUGGAUGAAGAUGAUGAGUUCUAUGAUGGGCCGGCUGACUCCGAGUACGAAACUGAUGAUUCUAAUGCCGAAGAUAAUCCUAUGAACGAUUAUCCUGACGAGGAGACAUCGGAGAAUGUAGAAACAUCAGAAGAUGAUGAGGAAAGCAAAAGUAAAACCUCCUGUGAUGAAUCUGAAGAGAUUGAUGAUCGUGCAAGUGCUUGUGAAUCCUCCGAUCCUGAAGAUAAAGAAAACUGGUCAGAUCAUGCAGGUUCCAUGUAUGAAGAUGACAUUUAUGGCGAUGAUUUUGAAGACGGUGAUGUUUAUUAUGAUGAGGAAUAUAAUGAGGGUGAUGAUGAUGCUAUCGUUGUUUAAGUCCUUGACCAGGAUGUUGUUUUACGCCAAAAUUGGGCUUGAACUUGUGAGUAGGUAAUCAAGGGUUAUGUUGAUUGGUGAGCAGCAGCUAAUUUCCAUGAAACUAAUUCUUGUACAUAAUUCUUUCAAGACAACUUUAGAUAAAUCCUGCAUUUUGGAAAUGCCCGCCUCCUUAAAAGACGACACAUUCGCAUAUAUUCAAGGUUUAAUACUGUAGGAGUUGGAUAGUGCUAGUUGGUGGCUGGCUAAUGCUAUUUUUGGAAGUUUCACUUUUCUGAUUGGAGCGGAAUUUCAGUGUCAAUCUCUCUCUCUCUCUCUCUCAGUAAGUGAAGUGACCAGAGAAAUUUUUUUUUUUAAUUUAUUUGGGUACGUGGGAAACCUUUUUUCAGUA